AUGGAGAUAGUUCAUGUGUACACCAAGAAGCGCAACGAGUUUGGGCGACAGUGUAAUUUCUCUGAUCGGUCUGCUGAGUUGCAUGUGGACAUCCUCCCUGAUCCUUCUCUGGCAUCCAGCUUCAUUGAGAGAGACCCUUGCGAUGUUCCCAUACAGUGCACACAAGAGAUGUCCGAGCAUGAGGUGAGCAUUGUAGACUAACAACCUGUCACCUGUAACAUAAAAAUGGACGACAAGUAAAUAUAUUUGAUCAUUACCUGUUAUGUGUAUUAUAAUUUAUUACACAACCUAAACAUUUCACAAGACUUGAGCAACACACACCAAUUUUAAUUGGGUAUGUUGAGUGUCAUGAUAUCAGCAAAGUUUGUGUUAGAUAAAAACAGCUUCUGCAUCAUUAUGAGAUAAUAAGCAGCAUCUGGCAGCUUAUGUACAUUUCACUCCAACAGUAUUUAUUCAAACUGUCUGUCUGUAACUAGGCCACUACAGCCUUUUGUGCUGAAUCCUGCCUGACCUGCCUGGCUCUUGUCUUUUAUAGGUGAACACAGAGCGCUUUGAGUCGGACACCAGGGGGAUAAACCAUGUGGAGGGAGGCUGGCCCAAGGACGUCAACCCUCAGGAGAUGGAGCAGACCAUCCGCUUCAGGAAGAAAGUGGAGAAAGACGAGCUUUAUUUCAGCACCAUCAUGCAGCUGGGCAGUGUGAGUGUGUCAGAUCAUGCAGCUGGGCAGUGUGAGUGUGUCAGAUGUCAUGCAGCUGGGCAGUGUGAGUGUGUCAGAUGUCAUGCAGCUGGGCAGUGUGAGUGUGUCAGAUGUCAUGCAGCUGGGCAGUGUGAGUGUGUCAGAUGUCAUGCAGCUGGGCAGUGUGAGUGUGUCAGACGUCAUGCAGCUGGGCAGUGUGAGUGUGUCAGAUGUCAUGCAGCUGGGCAGUGUGAGUGUGUCAGAUCAUGCAGCUGGGCAGUGUGAGUGUGUCAGAUGUCAUGCAGCUGGGCAGUGUGAGUGUGUCAGAUGUCAUGCAGCUGGGCAGUGUGAGUGUGUCAGAUGUCAUGCAGCUGGGCAGUGUGAGUGUGUCAGAUGUCAUGCAGCUGGGCAGUGUGAGUGUGUCAGACAUCAUGCAGCUGGGCAGUGUGAGUGUGUCAGACAUCAUGCAGCUGGGCAGUGUGAGUGUGUCAGACGUCAUGCAGCUGGGCAGUGUGAGUGUGUCAGAUGUCAUGCAGCUGGGCAGUGUGAGUGUGUCAGACGUCAUGCAGCUGGGCAGUGUGAGUGUGUCAGACGUCAUGCAGCUGGGCAGUGUGAGUGUGUCAGAUGUCAUGCAGCUGGGCAGUGUGAGUGUGUCAGACGUCAUGCAGCUGGGCAGUGUGAGUGUGUCAGAUGUCAUGCAGCUGGGCAGUGUGAGUGUGUCAGACGUCAUGCAGCUGGGCAGUGUGAGUGUGUCAGACAUCAUGCAGCUGGGCAGUGUGAGUGUGUCAGACGUCAUGCAGCUGGGCAGUGUGAGUGUGUCAGAUGUCAUGCAGCUGGGCAGUGUGAGUGUGUCAGAUGUCAUGCAGCUGGGCAGUGUGAGUGUGUCAGACGUCAUGCAGCUGGGCAGUGUGAGUGUGUCAGAUGUCAUGCAGCUGGGCAGUGUGAGUGUGUCAGACAUCAUGCAGCUGGGCAGUGUGAGUGCGUCAGACAUCACAGUCCGUUAAGUAGCCUCGACAUGGCCCGGGGUCAUAUAGUUUUCUAUAUCAUUUUAUUGAAUUAGUCUCUAGUGUAUGACAUUUAUUCAUUUUACCAUAAAUAAAUAAUACAUCCUACAGCAGCAUACCACCCUGCAUCCCACUGCUGGCUUGCCUCUGAAGCUAAGCAGGGUUGGUCCUGGUCGGUCCCUGGAUGGGAGACCAGAUGCUCCUGGAAAUGGUGUUGGAGGGUCAGUAGGAGGCACUCUUUCCUCUGGUAAAAAACAUUGCCCUGUGUAGGUUGCUGUCUUUCGGAUGGGACGUUCAACGGGUGUCCUGACUCUGUGGUCACUAAGAAUCCCAUGGCACUUAUCAUAAGAGUAGGGGUGUUAACUGUCCCUAAAUCUACAUUACCCCAGAGUAGGGGUUUUAACUGGCCCUAAAUCUACAUUGUCCCAGAGUUCUGAAAGGGAGAGAUGGAGAAUAACAGGAGUGUUCCUUUCCAUCUCUGAUCAGAGCCCUACUCUGUUCCUCCCGUUCUAACACAGAACAUGGAGCAUUGCAUCAAGCAGAACAAUGCCAUCAACAUCUACCAGGAGUACUUUGAAGAGGAGGAGGUGGUGGAGGAGUCAGAGGAGCAGCCCUCUGCCAAAACCAUCAACGUUUUCAGGUGCAUCCCUGACAUCUAUUAACCUAUCGUUCAACAGUGUUACACUUGCAUAACAACAACAAUGGUUGUCCACAUAGAUUACAUGAAUUAUGCUAUUGUUAUUAAAGGCUAUAUUACCAGUGUCUGGUGUCCCUCUAAGUUAGUGGUAUUCAAAGUCGGUAUUCAGUGUUAAAACAUUUUUUUGAGGGAACAAAAAAAUAAGAGUACAGAUUAUUGUAUGGGACAAUAUAACAACCUUUUUCAGAAAUAUAAUAUUUAAUUUUUAUUGAUUUUUAAUUACAUGUAUUGGUUUGUUUUCAUUUUGAAAAUAUAAUGAAUUGAAAGUUAUUUGUUGAUGUAAAAAUAUAAAUUUACCGAUUUUUAAGGUUGUCUCAUUAGAUUUGGGGUGCGGUGGAGUCGCUAGAAAUUAUGAAAAAAAUGGGGUCCCCAGAAAUUCUGGUGGAAAAAAUAGGGUCCCCACUGAAAAAGUUUGGCUAAGUGGUUUUAAAUCUCUUUUGUGUUUUGAUCAUCCAGAGACCCGAACGAGAUAAAGCGCACUGCCACCUGUCUGUCCUGGCAUCCCGAUGGCAGCUGUAAACUGGCUGUAGCCUACUCCUCACUGGGGUUCCAGAACAUCUCUCAAGACAUGAGCUAUGACUCAUAUAUAUGGGACAUUGGUAGGUGUAAUACUUCCUUCCUUUUUUUUGUGACCUUAGCUAUUAGACUCAAACGUCUCUUUCAUUUAUCCAUAAAACAUUCCUUACCCAGGAUUCAACUGGUGACUAUCAGGCAGAACAAAGUAAAAGGAGCACUCUGUUUCUGCGUAAAUCUGCUAGAUUUAUUAACGGGACAAACAGAGUGACUAUCAUUGCAGUGAGACUAAAAUCUGGUAGAUUUAUUGACGGGACAAACAUUAGGAUCUUUCAUUUUAUAUUUUUCUUUCUAACAGAGUGACUAUUUUUGCAAUAGCUGUAGCAGUGAGACUAACACAUUUUCCACCUUAAUUGGUCGUUCAGAAAGUCAAAGUAGACUACGAAGUCUAGUAAUCAAUUGAAUCCCGUGUGUUGCCUCUUGCCUCUUCAGAGAAUCCUAAUAAGCCAGAGAUGACCCUGAAACCUGUCUCUCUACUGGUCUGUCUGGAGUACAACCCCAAAGACUCUCACAUCCUGGUCGGAGGCAGCUACAAUGGCCAGAUCGGUGGGUCCUUCAACAGCACAGUGUUCUCUCCUUUUAUUCCCCAGAAAGUAUCAUGCUUCAUGUCAGCUCGGAGGCAAUGUCCGGAGUUUCCUGUACAGUGCACAGAACAUUGUAUGGUCAAGUCAUUGUCUUCCUCUCAGACAGUCUUUCAUCUAUUAGUCCCAAUUACCUCAAGGUCUUACUGUUUAAAGUUAAUAUUUUGUUUUUCUGUUGUAAAUGUCAAAAUGCUUUGAGUGAUAUAAGUCCAAGGUCUGGAUGGGUUUGACCGGAUGCUCUCUUAGUUGUACAUUGAAGUAUAUUCCCUCAGGAUAUUGUUCAAGCUCUGACAGUUCAAUAUGAAAUUCAGAAAUUCAAUUGUGUGUUAUUGUUAUAUGUGCCUGUGUAAGAGUUGGGUUCAAUUCCAUUUAAAUUCCAGUCAAUUCGGAAAGUAAACCAAAUUCCAAUGCCAAAUGUUCCUAAUUGAAGAGAAAUGGGAUUUCAGUGUACUUCCUGAAUUGUCUGGAAUUAAAAUGGAAUUGACCCCAACCCUUGUGUGUGUGUGUGUGUGCGCGUGCAUGUGUGUUUGUGAAUGUACACUAAGUCAAAUGUAUUUGUCUGAGCAGCUUAUUGGGACACUCGCAAGGGGAGCCAGCCGGUGGAAAUGUCCACAAUAGAGCACAGCCACAGAGACCCGGUCUACAAAGUCAUCUGGUUGCAGUCAAAGACUGGAACCGAUACCUUCUCUGCGUCUACGGACGGCCAGGUGAGCCACGCCUCCAAUAGAAGCAAUAAAGGCCUUUGUCACCUUAGCCCUUUCUCAAGCCAAGCAGGCACAAUGGGCCAGGGAGGCACAAAACUCUCAUGGGCAGUGAAGUCUGAUACUCUUGGUCCGGGACAGGUAUACUUUCUCUGACCUUAAACUGCCAUUUGGCCGCAGCCAGAAGUUAUGUAAUAAUACGUCUAUUGAAGGCAAGUAGACUGUGACUGACCGGCCCCGAGUUGACUCCUGGUCUCUGUCUAAAAGGUGCUGUGGUGGGACAUCCGUAAGAUGAGCGAGCCUACAGAGAGGCUGGUACUGGACCCCAACAAGAAGGGCAACCUGGACAAUGCCCUGGGGGCAAUCUCACUGGAGUUUGAGACCACUAUGGUGAGGAGGCUCUCUAGACUGGAGUAUCCGUCUGUUGUUUCACUGAUUAAUUAGGAGUAUGGAUCAGCCUAACAUCUUAUUGUAUCAGAAUGAAAAAUGUAUGCACUCACUAACUGUAAGUCGCUCUGGAUAAGAGCGUCUGCUAAAUGACUAAAAUGUAAUGUAAAUGUAUCAACUGGAAAGUAGGAGAUCCAGUAUAUAAUGUAUUUUUAUUUGUACAAAAGGAAGAUCUAAAAUUGAACAUGAUGUUUUCUCUUAAUCUUAUUCAGCCCACAAAGUUUAUGGUGGGGACAGAGCAAGGGCUGGUGGUCUCCUGUAACCGGAAGGCCAAGACCCCGGCAGAGAAGAUAGUGUGUACGUACAGCGGUCAUCAUGGCCCAGUCUACGCCCUGCAAAGGAACCCGUUCUUCCCCAAGAACUUCCUGACCGUAGCCGAUUGGACAGCCCGCAUCUGGUCCGAAGACAUCAAGGAGUCGUCCAUCAUGUGGACAAAGUAAAGGGUCCCUCUGAAACAUAAAGUAGAUGAUAUAGCUACUUCACAGAUAGAUUCAUAACACUCUUUUUCGGUUCUAAUACACAUAAGCAGGGAUUUGGCAAACAACUCCCCUCUUGUAAUAUUGACCUAAUGUAAAAUGACCUCUGUUGGUUGCCAUAGAUACCAUAUGGCCUAUCUGUCAGACGGCUGCUGGAGUCCAAUACGGCCCUCUGUAUUCUUCACCGUCAAAAUGGACGGGACGCUAGACGUGUGGGACUUCCUCUUCAAACAGAACGACCCCACCCUCAGUCUGAAAGUAUGUCCCUUCCACACCUGUCUAUAUUCUCAAAACACCUCGUCCAGCCUUCACACAACACCUGCCAGGCCUAAAUGACCCUGUGAAACCCCAUUUUGUUGUGUUGGGUUGUUAUCGCUGGUAUAAUUCUUGUAUGGUGAUGCCAAAGAAAAUGUCUGCCCUCGGAUAGACAAUUAAGUUAUAUUGUAUUCUAGGUGUGUGAUGAGGCUCUGUACAGCCUGCGGGUGCAGGAUAACGGGCGCUUCCUGGCCUGUGGGUCUCAGCUGGGCACUGCCACCCUGCUGGAAAUCUCCCCAGGGCUGUGUACCCUUCAGAGGAACGAGAAGGCCCUGGCCACUGCGGUGAGAGACACCCUCUACCCCAGAACAUCCAUCUCUGCCCUAGCCUGGUCCCAGAUCAUUGUGGCGUGACAUUGACCAUAGGUUACCCCUGCCCAGCUCUAUUCUACUCUUUUCGCUCCUCACCUAUCUGUACUAUUGAAUUGACCCUGUGUGUGUCUUUGGUCAGAUGUUUGAGCGGGAGACCAAACGGGAGAAGAUCUUGGAGGCGCGCCACCGUGAGAUGCGUCUGAAGGAGCGCAGCCGCUCAGAGCAGAGCAAGGAGGAGGACACCAAGGAGGGCGAAGGAGAGGAGAGCGCCGAGGAGCGAGCAACGCGCACGGAGACAGAGUUCUAUGAGAUAGUGGAGGCUGAGCUGAAGAAGAGAGCUAAGGAGCAAGAUAAAAAGGUUAGAAGGGAUUGAGUGAAAAAAAUAGAACAUUUCUGAACUUCCUUUAGGUUGAUUACUUUUUACUAAUCCAAUCAGUUUUCCACGUUGAUUCAACGUCAUCCAUUGAUUUUUGUUGUUGAAAUUAUGUGGAAGCAAUGUUGAUUCAACCAGUUUGUGCCCAGUGGGUUAUUAUUAAUCCGUUGUUUAUAAGUCUUAUGACUGAAUUAGUUGGCUAUUUCAGUAGCAUAACAAACAACAACACCAGCCUGCAAUGGCAUUAAUCUGGCCAUACAUUCACAUGAGAUGGCCUAUACAGUGCCUUGCGAAAGUAUUCACCCCCCUUGGCAUUUUUCGUAUUUUGUUGCCUUACAACCUGGAAUUAAAAUUGAUUUUUUUGGGGCGUUUGUAUCAUUUGAUUUACACAACAUGCCUACCACUUUGAAGAUGCAAAAUAUUUUUUUUUGUGAAACAAACAAGAAAUAAGACAAAAAAACUGAAAACUUGAGCGUGCAUAACUAUUCACCCCCCCAAAGUCAAUACUUUGUAGAGCCACCUUUUGCAGCAAUUACAGCUGCAAGUCUCUUGAGGUAUGUCUCUAUAAGCUUGGCACAUCUAGCCACUGGGAUUUUUGCCCAUUCUUCAAGGCAAAACUGCUCCAGCUCCUUCAAGUUGGAUGAGUUCCGCUGGUGUAGAGCAAUCUUUAAGUCAUACCACAGAUUCUCAAUUGGAUUGAGGUCUGGGCUUUGACUAGGCCAUUCCAAGACAUUUAAAUGUUUCCCCUUAAACCACUCAAGUGUUGCUUUAGCAGUAUGCUUAGGGUCAUUGUCCUGCUGGAAGGUGAACCUCCGUCCCAGUCUCAAAUCUCUGGAAGACUGAAACAGGUUUCCCUCAAGAAUUUCCCUGUAUUUAGCGCCAUCCAUCAUUCCUUAAAUUCUGACCAGUUUCCCAGUCCCUGCCGAUGAAAAACAUCCCCACAGCAUGAUUCUGUUCUUGGGGUGAUGAGAGGUGUUGGGUUUGCGCCAGACAUAGCGUUUUUCCUGAUGGCCAAAAAGCUCAAUUUUAGUCUCAUCUGACCAGAGUACCUUCUUCCAUAUGUUUGGGGAGUCUCCCACAUGACUUUUGGCGAACACCAAACGUGUUUGCUUAUUUUUGUCUUUAAGCAAUGGAUUUUUUCUGGUCACUCUUCCAUAAAGCCCAGCUCUGUGGAGUGUACGGCUUAAAGUGGUCCUAUGGACAGAUAGUCCAAUCUCCGCCGUGGAGCUUUGCAGCUCCUUCAGGGUUAUCUUUGGUCUCUUUGUUGCCUCUCUGAUUAAUGCCCUCCUUGCCUGGUCCGUGAGUUUUGGUGGGCUCUCUUGGCAGGUUUGUUGUGGUGCCAUAUUCUUUCAAUUUUUUUAUAAUGGAUUUAAUGGUGCUCCGUGGGAUGUUCAAAGUUUCGGAUAUUUUUUUAUAACCCAACCCUGAUCUGUACUUCUCCUCAACUUUGUCCCUGACCUGUUUGGAGAGCUCCUUGGUCUUCAUGGUGCCGCUUGCUUGGUGGUUUCCCUUGCUUAGUGGUGUUGCAGACUCUGGGGCCUUUCAGAACAGGUGUAUAUAUACUGAGAUCAUGUGACAGAUCAUGUGACACUUAGAUUGCACACAGGUGGACUUUAUUUAACUAAUUAUGUGACUUCUGAAGGUAAUUGGUUGCACCAGAUCUUAUUUAGGGGCUUCAUAGCAAAGGGGGUGAAUACAUACAGUUGAAGUCGGAAGUUUACAUACACUUAGGUUGGAGUCAUUAAAACUCGUUUUUCAACCACUCCACAAAUGUCUUGUUAACUAACUAUAGUUUUGGCAAGUCGGUUAGGACAUCUACUUUGUGCAUGACACAAGUAAUUUUUCCAACAAUUGUUUACAGGCAGAUUAUUUCUCUUAUAAUUCACAGUAUCACAAUUCCAGUGGGUCAGAAGUUUACAUACACUAAGCUGACUGUGCCUUUAAACAGCUUGGAAAAUUCCAGAAAAUGAUGUAAUGGCUUUAGAAGCUUCUGAUAGGCUAAUUGACAUCAUUUGAGUCAAUUGGAGGUGUACCUGUCGAUGUAUUUCAAGGCCUACCUUCAAACUCAGUGCCUCUUUGCUUGACAUCAUGGGAAAAUCUAAAGAAAUCAGCCAAGACCUCCGAAAAAAAAUUGUAGACCUCCACAAGUCUGGUUCAUCCUUGGGAGCAAUUUCCAAACGCCUGAAGGUACCACGUUCAUCUGUACAAACAAUAGUACGCAAGUAUAAACACCAUGGGACCACACAGCCGUCAUACCGCUCAGGAAGGAGACGCGUUCUGUCUCCUAGAGAUUAACGUACUUUGGUGCGAAAAGUGCAAAUCAAUCCCAGAACAACAGCAAAGGACCUUGUGAAGAUGUUGGAGGAAACGGGUACAAAAGUAUCUAUAUCCACAGUAAAACGAGUCAAAUAUCGACAUAACCUGAAAGGCCGCUCAGCAAGGAAGUAGCCACUGCUCCAAAACCGCCAUAAAAAAGCCAGACUACGGUUUGCAACUGCACAUGGGGACAAAGGUCGUACUUUUUGGAGAAAUGUCCUCUGGUCUGAUGAAACAAAAAUAGAACUGUUUGGCCAUAAUGACCAAAUCAAAUCAAAUCAAAUUGUAUUUCUCACAUACACGUGUUUAGCAGAUGUUAUUGCGGGUGUAGCAAAAUGCAUGUGCUUCUAGCUCCGACAGUGCAGUAAUAUCUAACAAGUAAUAUCUAACAAUUUCACAACAUAUACCCAAUACACACAAAUCUAGUAAGGAUUGGAAUUUUAUAAUAUAUACAGAUAUGGACAAGCAAUGACAGAGCGGCAUGGACUAAGAUACAGUAGAAUAUUAUAGAAUAGAAUACAGUAUAUACAUAUGAGAUGAGUAGUGCAAAAUAUGUAAACAUUAUUAAAGUGACUAGUGUUCCAUUUCUUAAAGUGGCCAGUGAUUUCAAUAGGCAGCAGCAGCCUCUAAUGUGCUAGUGAUGGCUAUUUAGCAGUCUGAUGGCCUUGAGAUAGAAGCUAUGAUGCACCUGUACUGACCUCGCCUACUGGAUGAUCGCGGGGUGAACAGGCAGUGGCUCGGGUGGUUAAUGUCCUUGAUGAUCUUUUUGGCCUUCCUGUGACAUCGGGUGCUGUAGGUGUCUUGGAGGGCAGGUAGUUUGCCGGCGGUAAUGCAUUCGGCAGACCGCACCACCCUCUGGAGAGCCCUGCGGUUGCGGGCGGUGCAGUUGCCGUACCAGGCGGUGAUACAGCCCGACAGGAUGCUCUCAAUUGUGCAGCUGUAAAAGUUUGUGAGGGUUUUAGGUGCCAAGCCAAAUUUCUUCAGCCUCCUGAGGUUGAAGAGGCUCUGUUGCAUCUUCUUCACCACACUGUCUGCGUGGGUGGACCAUUUCAGUUUGUCAGUGAUGUGUACGGCAAGGAACUUGAAGCUUUCCACGUUCUCCACUGCUGUCCCGUCGAUGUGGAUAGGGGGGUGCACCCUCUGCUGUUUCCUGAAGUCCACGAUCAUCUCCUUUGUUUUGUUGAUGUUGAGUUAGAGGUUAUUUUCCUGGCACCACACUCCCAGAGCCCUCACCUCCUCCCUGUAGGCAGUCUCGUCAUUGUUGGUAAUCAAGCCUACUACUGUUGUGUCGUCUGCAAACUUGAUGAUUGAGUUGGAGGCGUGCUUGGCCACGCAGUCAUGGGUGAACAGAGAGUACAGGAGGGGGCUGAGCAUGCACCCUUGUGGGGCCCCAGUGUUGAGGAUCAGCGAAGUGGAGAUGUUGUUUCCUACCUUCACCACCUGGGGGUGGCCCGUCAGGAAGUCCAGGACCCAGUUGCACAGGGCGGGGUUCAGACCCAGGGCCUCGAGCUUAAUGAUGAGCUUGGAGGGUACUAUGGUGUUGAAUGCUGAGCUAUAGUCGAUGAACAGCAUUCUUACAUAGGUAUUCCUCUUGUCCAGGUGGGAUAGGGCAGUGUGCAGUGUGAUGGUGAUUGCAUCGUCUGUGGAUCUAUUGCGGCGGUAAGCAAAUUGAAGUGGGUCUAGGGUGACAGGUAAGGUAGAGGUGAUAUGAUCCUUGACUAGUCUCUCAAAGCACUUCAUGAUGACAGAGGUGAGUGCUACGGGGCAAUAGUCAUUUAGUUCAGUUACCUUUGCUUUCUUGGGUACAGGAACAAUGGUGGCCAUCUUGAAGCAUGUGGGAACAGCAGACUGGGAAAGGGAGAGAUUGAAUAUGUCCGUAAACACACCAGCCAGCUGGUCUGCGCAUGCUCUGAGGACAUGGCUAGGGAUGCCGUCUGGGCCGGCAGCCUUGCGGGGGUUGACAUGCUUAAAUGUCUUAUUUACGUCGGCCACGGAGAAGGAGAGGCCACAGUCCGUCGGUGGCACUGUGUUAUCCUCAAAGUGGGCGAAGAAGGUGUUUAGCUUGUCUGGAAGCGAGACGUCGGUGUCAGCAUCGUGGCUGGUUUUCCUUUUGUAGUCCGUGAUAGUCUGUAGACCCUGCCACAUAAGUCUCGUGUCUGAGCCAUUGAAUUGUGACUUCACUUAGUCUCUAUACUGAUGUUUUGCCAGUUUAAUUACCUUGCGGAGUGAGUAGCUACACUGUUUGUAUUCUUCCAUAUUCCCAGUCGCCUUGCCAUGGUUAAAAGCGGUAGUUCGCACUUUCAGUUUUGCGCGAAUGCUGCCAACUAUCCACGGUUUCUGGUUAGGGUAGGUUUUAAUAGUCACAGUUGGCACAACAUCACCUAUACACUUCUUGAUAAACUCAGUCACUGUAUCCGUGUAUUCGUCAAUGUUAUUCUCGUAGGCUAUCCGAAACAUAUCCCAGUCCGCGUGAUCAAAACAAUCUUGGAAGCAUGGAUUCCGAUUGGUCAGACCAGCGUUGAAUAGUCCUUAGCACGGGUACUUCCUGUUUGAGUUUCUGCCUAUAGGAAGGGAGGAGCAAAAUGGAGUUGUGGUCAGAUUUGCCGAAAGGUGGGCGGGGGUGGGCCUUAUAACCAUCCCGGAAGUUCGAAUAGCAAUGGUUGAGGAUUUUAGUAACGCGAGUACAACAGUCGAUAUGUUGAUAGAUCUUCGGCAGCCUAGUCCUCAAAUUUGCUUUGUUAAAAUCCCUGGCUACAAUAAAUGCAGCCUCAGGAUAUGUGGUUUCCAGUUUGCAUAAAGUCCAGUGAAGUUGUUUGAGGGCCGUCGUGGUAACGGCUUGAGGGGGGAUAUACACGGCCGUGACUAUAACCGAAGAAAAUUAUCUUGGGAGAUAAUACGGUCGGCAUUUGAUUGUGAGGUAUUCUAGAUCGGGUGAACAAAAGGACUUUAGUUCCUGUAUGUUACUACAAUUACACCAUGAGUCGUUAAUCAUGAAACACACACCUCCACCCUUCUGCUUCCCGGAGAGAUAUUUAUUCCUGACUGCGCGAUGAACUGAGAAUCCAUCUGGCUGGACCGAUUUCGACAGAAUAUCCCCAGAAAGACAUGUUUCCGUGAAACAAAGUAUGUUACAGGCCUUGAUGUCUCUCUGGAAAGAAAUCCAUCGUUUUGUUUGGAGGAAAAGGGGGGGGCUUGCAAGCCGAAUAACACCAUCCCAACCGUGAAGCACGGGGGUGGCAGCAUCAUGCUGUGGGGGUGCUUUGCUGCAGGAGGGACUGGUGCACUUCACAAAAUAGAUGGCAUCAUGAGGAAGGAAAAUUAUGUGGAUAUAUUGAAGCAACAUCUCAAGACAUCAGUCAGGAAGUUAAAGCUUGGUCGCAAAUGGGUCUUCCAAAUGGACAAUGACCCCAAGCAUACUUCCAAAGUUGUGUCAAAAUGGCUUAAGGACAACAAAGUCAAGGUAUUGGAGUGGCCAUCACAAAGCCCUGACCUCAAUCAUAUAGAAAAUGUGUGGGCAGAACUGAAAAAGUGUGUGCGAGCAAGGAGGCCUACAAACCUGACUCAGUUACACCAGCUCUGUCAGGAAGAAUGGGCCAAAAUUCACCCAACUUAUUGUGGGAAGCUUGUGGAAGGCUACCCGAAACGUUUGACCCAAGUUAAACAAUUUAAAGGCAAUGCUACCAAAUACUAAUUGAGUGUAUGUAAACUUCUGACCCUGGGAAUGUGAUGAAAUAAAUAAAAGCUUAAAUAAAUAAUUAUCUCUACUAUUAUUCUGACAUUUCACAUUCUUAAAAUAAAGUGGUGAUCCUAACUGGCCUAAGACAGGGAAUUUUUACUAGGAUUAAAUGUCAGGAAUUGUGAAAAAUUGAGUUUAAAUGUAUUUGGCUAAGGUGUAUGUAAACUUCCGACUUCAACUGUAUGCACGCACCACUUUUCCGUUAUUAUUUUUUUUGAAUUUUUUGAAAUUAGUUAUUUUUUUCAUUUCACUUCACCAAUUUGGACUAUUUUGUGUAUGUCCAUUACAUGAAAUCCAAAUAAAAAUCAAUUUAAAUUGCAGGUUGUAAUGCAACAAAAUAGGAAAAACGCCAAGGGGAUGAAUAUUUUUGCAAGGCACUGUAUACAGUAACAGCAUGAACUCAGACACUCUGUUCUGUGCACCAUGGCAGCUCUGAUGAUCUCAUAGUCGAUAAUGUGUGGAUGAAGUAUCACUACAGGGGUCUGUCUCAUCUGAGUGUCAUAAUGUCCCUCCCUGCUGUGAUAGUAAUUAUAGUGUGUCUAGAGAACAGGUUUUCUUCUUCUGCAGAAACACCUUGCCUGCAGUGCAGGCCAUAAUUGAGCUCCCUGCCGUGCAGAGUGUUAGAGAACUUCAGGACAGUAGAUGGAGAGAGUCUCAUGUCACAGUGA